GUGACGGGCGGGAGGCGGGGCGGAGGCAGCCGGAAGCGGCGCGCGCGGAGGUGGGUCGGGGGCAGCGCGGCCGGGGCGGGGGACGGGACGGUAACGGCUCUGCCCCGUUCCCUCAGGGGCGGUCGGUCCCUGGCCGAGACCCCCGCGGUGCUGCCGCCGCCGGACUAGCCCCGCCCCUGGACUAGCCCCGCCCCCCGGUUCGCCUAGCCUUCUGCUUCACCCCUCGCCGGCGGCUGGGAGGGGGCUGCUUAUGUGGGUGCGGGGCCCGUUGGCCGUGGGGCCGGCCUGUGGGACGGCUGGGGACUGAGGGAGCGGCGGUGCUGGUGUUACGGGCUGUGAGAGGCCGUGCCGGUGAGGCAAGGGCUCUAAGCUCUACAUGAGGUGUCUCCUGCUCCCAGGGAUUUCCCUAGCCUGGAGGCGGGCUGUAGCUAUGAAAUUUCUGUUGGUUUUUGAUUUUGACCAUACAAUCGUAGAUGAAAAUAGUGAUACCUGGAUUGUGAAAUGUGCUCCUGAGAAAAAACUUCCUAAUGGAUUAAGAAACUCCUACCGACCAGGACACUGGACAGAAUAUAUGGGCAGAGUCUUUGUCUACUUGGGAGACAAUGGCGUCAAAGAAGAUGACAUGGAAAGGACUAUGACAACAAUUCCUUUCACUGCGGGAAUGGUAGAUCUGCUGUGUUUUAUUGGCAAGAACAAAGAGUUGUUUGACUGCAUAAUUGUUUCAGAUUCUAAUACGGUAUUUAUUGACUGGAUUUUGAAAGCUGCUGACUUCCAUAAGGUGUUUGAUGAAGUGUUUACAAACCCUGCAGCAUUCAGCAGUACUGGCUAUCUUACUGUACAGAACUUCCAUGCUCACCAUUGUCCAAAGUGCCCUAAAAACCUUUGCAAAAGGGAAGUUUUAAAGGAAUUUCUAAAUAAGCAGUUGGAGCGAGGAGUAAGUUAUACACGAAUUGUAUAUAUAGGUGAUGGUGGGAAUGACUUAUGUCCAGUAAUGUUUUUGAAGAAGGAUGAUGUUGCUAUGCCCAGGCAGGGUUAUACCUUGGAGAAAAAGAUUGCUCAGCUGGCCCAAGAUCUCAGUCCUGUAGAGUGUUCUGUUCUGGUUUGGUCAUCUGCUACUGACAUUAUGUCUUAUCUGAAACUGCUUAUAAAGGAAUAAAUCAAAUGAUAAAAGGAAACUAACAUAGUUAUAUUUUAUCUUCCUGGGAGAGAAAAACUGCAUGUGUAUAAAAGCACAAAAUUGUAAAAUUGGUCUGUUAUCUGAACUUGUUUUUUAAACACAAUAUAAAACUGUUUAUGUUCAAUCUUGGCCAUAGUGGGAAAGGGAAGUUCAAAUGGCUUCACAACAUAGUACACAUUCCAAAGUAAGUGGAGAAAGAGGGGUUGCAAAAGGAAUUGCCAUUAUUCUUAGUCUUCCCCCUCCUUCCCCAAGCCUUUACCAACUACAUAACUGACCUUUUCUGUUCCACGUGCUUAGGGGAAGAAGUAGGAUUAGUGCAUAAAAGAAUGAAAUUCUUUACUUGCAAAACAUCAGGUGCCAGGAACGUGGUUCUGGAACUGUUGGCUUUUAUACUACUUUGAUUAGGAUAAAUGUUUAAUUUUGUAAAUUAUUUGGUAUGCUUAUAAUCUUGUUUGAUCUGAAGAUGCAUUUAUAUUUUCAAUAUACUAAAUAUUUUACCAAACAAAAUUACUUUUUAAUAGUUUGUGUUAUCUUUUCUUGUGAAGAUAAUAAAAGUUAGUAUUGCUGACAAAAGCAACACACCUGAUUUGUGUAAUGUAUUCUGCUGGCUUGUGUCACCUGUUGCUGUAAGGGCCUGGAGAGAGUGAACACAGUUUGGGUGUCCAGCUAACACCUUCAUUUAGUCAGUCAAACUCCUCCUCUUCUGCAGAGCAGUGAGGAUGUUGCUGUCUGUUUAAAGUAAGUCACUCUCCCAUCCUCCUGACUACCACCCUGACAGUGCUUAUGCCACUCCGUAUGGCUGAGAGCUCCGAGUCACAGAAACAAAAUGAUAGGGGUUGGAAGGGACCUCUGGAGAUCAUCUAGUCCAACCCCCCUGCCAGAGCCGGUUGCACAGGAACGCAUCCAGAGUCAGCCAUGUGCUUUUUUCUUGAUUUUCAGCUGCCGUGCACAGCCCACAGAAACAUGCAUAGGUAUACAGGUUUACACUGAUUUUACCUAUUCGCUCUCAUCCAUAUCUAUACCAUAAUCCUCUCUUACAGGCUGGAAGGGAAUGUCUGUGCCCAUUUUAACUUUUUCACAGAAUUGUUCUGUCUUGAAAUAGUUCAAGGAAUCAUUUGUGAACAUGCAGUCUUUCUCUUUACCACUCACAGUGAGAUGAGCCCCAAGAGCUGGGCUAUGCAUACAGAGAUAUUAAAAAUAAGUCUCAUUAAAUUUAUAUAAUGUAUUUUCAUGCCAAAUGUUUUCCUUCUUAUAGUCCUGCAAAUUGUCCAAAAUGAUGAUGUAGUCUGCUAUUGAACUGAUGUCUGUUUUAGCUUAAGUGCCUUAACUGAGAAAUUAGUCCGGCUUUUGCAGCGCUUGGGUUGCAGAUGCCUGAGGUGCAGCUCAGCAGCCUGUGAUCACUGUAGCUGUCUUUUCUGUGCAGCAGCGAUCUCAUUUUCUUACUGACGUUUGGUGGUGUCACUACCUUCUUCUUUUCAGUUGAAGAUUUUUAGGAGUGGUCUUGCUUGUUUUCAGGCUGAUAGUGCAUAUAAAUUAAGAUUUCCUUUGAUUACUUCCUUGUAAAUUUGUGCAAGGGCACAAAGACAGCGUCUGAAGAACUGGUGGGUCUCAAGUUGUGGCGGGUUUAAUUUGUCUCAUUUACAGGUCAUACAAAAGAAUGGUAAUGGCUGUUGCAUUGUACAAUUUUGUAUUGUUACUGUUUGUUUGUUUAAAAAGUUGUGUGUUUCCUUCAUUCUAGCUGUGCUCCUUAAUGUUCCAGAUUCUGUGCUGGUGUCUUGUGUGCUUUUCAGAACUUAGUUGUGAGACAGCUUGCUUUCAGGUUGUCCAGAGAUCUCAGUUACUGCUUCCUUGAAAACAAGCAAACUAGUGUAGAAUGAUUAUUCAUCUUUUUCUUCCACUUAUAUUAACUAUUGUUCUUUUAGCCUUAAGGAACAUACCUUGUAGUUUGCUGUGAGAGUGAGAAAUGGAGUGAGAAAUUAAUCUUUGUGCUCAAAAAGGGCUGGUUUUUGUGGUUUUGAUGAAAGUACUGACACAGGAGUUGAGAGUAGAUUAAGCAGAGUACACUACUUGAAAUAUUAGCAGUUAUGAUCUAAUCACGUCAGGUAGAGGGUACAGCUGAUGCUCUUUGCUAGGCAAGUGCGUGUUGGAGACAGAAGAAAUUUUUCAUUUCCAGUAGGUAGGCCAUUAAGCUAUUAAUACGAGGUCUUGGGUUUUUUUUUUCCCCUCUUAAUAAAAGAGAAGAUGUAACUUUUGUGAAGCACCACCAUUACCAAAUUUUUCCACAUUUGGGUAUAAGGGAAGGGAGAUGAGUGUGUCUCAAGGGCAAAGCUGAUUUAAGCUGGUAACCCAGCCAAAAGGGAGAAGCUCCUUGAAGGGACACACAUGUUCAGUACUUGGUGUUCCUGACCUCCAGGCUUGUUGAUGGUUUAAAUCAGCUUCCUCUGUGACAGGCAGGUGACUUAGGUAAAGAUUUUAUGAAAAUAAAUGUGUAAUGGGAGGCAUAUGUGUGCAUGGGAAACUUUCUAUAUGGUAAUAGGUCUGCUAUCGUACACCAGGUCCUAUGAUAUGUACCUAGCCGUAGUAUUACGUGCUAGUAGCAUGCCUAAGACUAG